GGUCCCGCGACGCCAUCUUAACGGACGUGUUUUUCCGCCGAUGUAAACAAAUCUCGCUGGAAUUAAUCGGGGAUUUUUCUCAAGUUCCGUGCGCCUUUUGAGCUUUUUCCCCUUUCCUCCCCUAGUCUACUUUAUUUGGUGGAAGAGGAGGAGAGGAAGAAAGAAGAGAAGAGGGAGAGAGGAAUAAACCACCAUGUUUUACGCACAUUUUGUGCUGGCCAAAAAGGGCCCCUUGGCCCGAAUUUGGCUGGCCGCUCAUUGGGAUAAAAAGCUCACAAAAGCUCAUGUCUUUGAGACUAAUAUUGAGAAGUCCGUUGAUGGUAUCUUGCAGCCAAAGGUAAAGAUGGCAUUGAGAACAUCAGGUCACUUGCUGUUGGGUGUGGUCAGAAUUUACUCCCGAAAGGCCAAGUAUCUCUUGGCUGAUUGUAAUGAGGCCUUUGUCAAGAUCAAAAUGGCCUUCAGACCAGGCAUGGUCGAUUUGCCUGAGGACAUCAGGGAGGCAGCAGUCAGUGCCAUCACACUCCCAGAGGUAUUCCACGACUUUGAUACCGCCAUGCCAGAGCUGAAUGACGUUGACAUCCAGGCACAGUUCACUCUCAACCAGUCACGUGCUGAAGAGAUCACAAUGAGGGAAGACUAUGGCAACAUCUCCUUGGUGACAGGUGAUGAUGGCUUUGGAGACAUGGGCUUCGAGGAACCCCCAGAUAUCAUGAGGGAUGCAUCUGCCAUGGACCAGACUUUAGACCACCCUAACCUGAUCUUUGGCGAUAACACCCCCUUGGACAAGGAGAAGGAACCCAGUGCAUCCAAGGAGCAAGACUCAAGAUUGUCCACUGCAAGGGCAGACACCUCAGCUCUUGACCUUGAAGCACCAAUCAGAGACGAUGGCUUUGGGGGCAACCUUGGGCAAGACAUCAUUGCUGGUGGACUUUUUGAAGGUGGGCUUUUCGAUGACACACCCAUUGGGGACGGUCCGAGUCUUGAUGAACCCAAAGAAGAGAGACAUGACGACUCUGAUGAUGACGGACUUGAUAGGUUUGCAGGUCCUCCCUCAGUUGGCCCGCCAUCUUCAGAGGAAGGUUCUCGCCCAUCUACUCCCAAGCCUGAGAAUCCAGAUCCGGUUGAAGCCGAUGAGGUCCCACCACCGGAAGGUGUGGAAGCAGCUCCUCAAAGCCAAGCUAAUGAGACACUUGCCGGGCACGAGCAAACAACUUUGCUGCAGAAUGAAGAGGAAAGCUUUGCCCUUGCCCCAGUGGAUGCCUCUGCCAUCAAGUCAGGUUGGCCGCGUGCUAAGAGGAAGAGGAAGCUGAUUGUUGAUGAAGUGAAGAAUAUUUCUGGUGAAGAAAUGAAGGCGCAGCUCUCAGACACAACAGACAUUGUAACCACCUUGGACCUGGCCCCACCAACCAAGCGUUUGAUGCACUGGAAGGAAACUGGUGGUGUGGAAAAGCUGUUUGCACUGCCUGGUCGCCCAAUCUAUGCCCGCUCCCUUGCACGUAUUUACCAGAGACACCUCACCUCGGAACCUGCACAGAACGAGGACUUCGGCAUGGCAGGAGACAGGGAACUGGAGAAUCUCAGCUUAGAAGUGGUGCGUGAGGCCGAGGAGCAAGAAACACCAGCCGCCCCCAAGACAAGAGGUCGACCUCCAAAGAGAAAGCACCCAGAACCAGAAGAAGAGGAAGAGGAGCCACAGGUUCUGAGCAUGUCAACGAGAAACAUGGACCUCAACAACCAAAUGAUGUCGCCACAAGCCCCAGAGACCCCAGCACCUCCAGCCCCUUUGGAGGAACAGCCUCCGACUGCGCAAACUCCUGCUCCUGGUGGCGAUGUCAUUACUCUGGACGAGGCUGCCGAGAAUCCACAGACUCCAGGCAUUCCGGACGAGGCUGCUGUUGCCAACCAGGAACCUGUUCCCCCAGAAACCCCAGCCCCAGCUACUCCUUUCCACAAUCCAGAACAGCCACCAGAAAGUUUACCGAGUCAGACGCCCGCAUACGCCACACCCUUCCAGAGUCCGAUGCACAUGGAGUUGGAGAACUUGGGAUUCGACGAGAAUCAGCCUCAGCUGGAAAAUCAUGGUUACGAGGAGUCUCACCCCCCAGCCAACACUCCAGGAGGGUUGUCAGAUGGUGGACCAAGAUCGAAUUAUUCAGAACGGGCAAACACCCCUACUACGCCAUUCAGACAGGACGAGGCCCAUGAGGAGGAGGAGGAACAAGCAGACGAUGAAACUUAUGAACAAUUUGAAGAACGUGUGGUCAACAAGCGUGCUGGACACAUGUUCCACUCCAUUAAGAGGAGGCUAAGAAACAACAACAUAUUGUUCUCAGACAUGGUUCACCAGAACAACAGAAAGCAGGUGGCACAGAAGUUCUACACGAUGUUGGUGUUGAAGAAGCUACAGGCAGUAGAACUGCAUCAAGAGGGUCCCUUCACAGAAAUGUUCAUCAGCAGAGGUGCAUUAUUUGAAAAUGCAUCCUUAUAAAUACACCCUUCAUUUGGUGAGAUGUGUGUGUGUGUGUUUACUGUACGUUUAAGGAGGACCAAAGAGGCUAUUUCACUGUGCCUAGGACAAGGGAAAGUUUCAACUGUACAUAUAUCAGCACCUGGUUGACUGCAGAAUUAGCCAAGAAAAAGGACUUUUGGACAUGGUAACAUAUCGGUUGAUAUGUGUGUGGACGUAGAUUAUACAUCAGCACUGGAACUUAGGGUUCUUGUUAGUGGGCAAGAACACACCUUACUUAGGAUUAAACUAAUCAAAAUAUUUACAGAAAUAUUAACAGAAAUGAUAUUUGUGAUUUAUGGUUAUCUAGGUUCAUGGCAGAAUUUUUAUAACAUUGGGCAGAAAUUACUCAAUUUCAAAACCUUUAGUAACACUGUUUAUAUAUAUAAAGAUACAUGUGUGCAUAUUUAGUUAUGUAUGUAUUUAUACAUAUAUAUAUACAAAGAUACUGAUUGGGAAAUGAUAGAUUUACAUAGGUGUAUGCAAAAGAAUGGUUAUUAUUACUGUUGUAAUCUUUUAUUUAUUGUAUAAUAUUUUAUAUAUGUAUUGUUGGUAUACCAAAUUGAAAUUGGAUUACCUCAUGCUGAGUCCUGGAUCCAAAUCCUGGUCACAGUACCUUUAAGGGGUAAUAUUGCCGGGGAAUGUCUUUCAUGGGGGAAAUAUUCAAAAUUACAAAAAUGAUAUAUAAUAACUUUGUUGAAAAUGGAUGAUUAUUAAGAAAAUGAUUACAAUAACAGUAAUAAUCACACAACACUUUUUCUUGUGAAGGAAAAGUAAUGAUCAUACAAAAACAAAGUAGUAUUCAUUGUCAAAAUUUGGGUAUUUUGUUUUAAAAGUUACUCUUUUUGUUGGAGAAGCAAGUAAUGCAGAAUAUUUAGCCUUGCAUUGCUCUGCUUGAUUCCUGUAGUACAGGUCAAAGUUGACUCCUGCCUUUAAGGUAUAUUAUUUACAAGUGAAGGGCAUCAUCAGUUCUAUUGUUUUGAGAACUUUAAACUAAACUUUUUUCUUUUUUUUUUUCUGGGACAACCCAUUUUUAUAUGUAUAUAAAAACCAAUAUUAUCUUGUAUUAUCAUUGUGAUUUUUAAAACCUGUUCUGCCCAUAGCUAGAUUCAGAUUUUGUACAUGAAGGGUCUCAAAAAGGUUGGUUCACAAGAUAUGGUUAUACUUUUUUAAAGAGUAGAAGAGGUCUUAUGUUUGAGGUCGCUCCACUUGGAAGAAAAUUUGUGUGAAAGGUUUAAUUAGAUGUGAAACAGAAGUAACCAUUUCGGUCUUGUCUUGGUUUCGAAUAUUCCCAAUGUGUUAUGGUGGCAUGAACUGCCCCCUUAGUCGUGCAGCCUGGUGGUUGUAAAGCAGAUGUGCUAUUACUUAUCAUUUUACUUGCUAAAGAGUUGAAUAUACUUACCACAAUAGCAAAAAAAGACUAAUGUGUAUAUGGUUAUAUUUUAGUUCUGAUGUUACAAUGUCUUAACCAUCCCCCCACCCCCCACCCCCUCACAUUUUCACCUCCUCAUAUUCACUUUCACAAGAAUUGCAUUAAAUUUCCAAAUUCAGAUUUUUGUAGUCCUUGAUUAAUGAGAAUUCUAAAUGAGAUUUCAGGAAAAGAGCUAAGAAUGUUUUUUUUAUUUUUCAUUUUUAUUUUUAUGUCUGGUUUUAUUUUCUUCCUGUGGCUAUCAUUGUGUUUUGCAUAUCUUUGUUUCUGGGUCCGAUCGAGGAAGUGUGGUGCCACUGAAGUACAAAUUUUCUUUCAUGAAUGUGUAACUUUUCCUUUUUUUUCCAUUUUCUUUUUUUUUUUUUCUUCUUUUUUCUUUAUGCAAAGUAAUGCCUGAUGUCUUGUUCAGAUUGCUUGCCAUAGAUGUCUCAUAGUUAAAUUUAUAUAUUGAGUAUUAGAGGUCUUGCAGCAUCUGACGAGCCACUUGCCAUUACCAGACAGCAUUAUGCAAAACAGUGAUUCCACUGGGAAGGUAAACUUUACUAGAACAUUUCACAAGUGUUUGUCUGUGUGUGUAUAAAGAAUGAGAAUUUGUAUUAUUUGUAGAGAUUUUUGUAUUUUCCUUUAUAUGUAUUUGUAUGUCACAUAUGUGUAUACGUUAUUGGUGAAAGGCAUGUGAGAAAAGAAAAUUUACUGUACAAAUAUAUUAUAUGUAAUGCUUUUAACUAUAUCAGAGGAUUUUAUGAAUCAUUUGUAAAAAUUGUCUGAUAUAGUAUUUAAGCAUUAUGAAGUUGGUAGUGUGUGUGUGUGUGAGUGUGUCUGUGUGUUUGUGUGUGCAUUUGUGAUGCAAAAAUAGGGUAAGGAUCUAUGGAAAAAUGCAGUUCAUGUUGUGUUGGUAUAUUGAAUAAAGCAGUUUACAGAUAUUAUUUUCAGUGUUAUCACCAGAUUGGAUGUAGAAAGGAAGCAAAAAGAAAAAAAAGCAGAGUAUUUAUAAAAAUUUUAACAAUAAAAUGAAAAGCAAUUUGA